GCGCUUUGUUUAGCUUUGACUGUGUACAGCUAGUAAGGUCGACAAAAGGCAAUGGAUUGAUUGUGUGACAGAUGGGCUUUUGUGUGAGAUCUCCGACUCACCACCAACAUGACCUCCAGCGUCACACGUAGAGUAGUGCGUACGGGUGGGAGUUGUCUGGUGAGACGCAUUGUUGUGUUGGGGGAUGAGCCGCCCGUACUGUUGCUGCUAUUUGCUGCUGCUCCACUGUGGCUAGCGAGAGACUCUAGCCUAUGAAUGGUCCACAAAGCAAACAAUUGUGUGUUCUCUGUGGGAUUUAAAACCGAAACUUCACAGGCACCAAGCAUGCCUCUUUCUUAUUUUAUUAGUAGCUGAAAAGAGCCCAGUAUCGCCCGUUGGAUGAGAACACUGUGUACGGGAUUAGAGCCACUUAGCAGGCCGUGUCGCCAUUGCUUUGUAAGGCUGCUGGCUAGCUACCGUCUUCCUCAACUAGCAAAACUGUUCGUGUAUCCGAGCAACACGGAGCAUCAAGAUGAAGAAGAAAGCACGGCAGCACCGGGUUCCGGUGCCGCAGCGGCCGCCGUCUCCCAUCAAGCCUUCCCCCAACAAGCAGAUCCUGACUUACGCCCAGGCACAGCGCAUGGUGGAGUUCGAUGUCGAUGGCCGCCUCCAUCGAAUCAGCAUAUACGACCAGCUGGACGUGAUCUCGGAUGAUGACCCCAUGGUGCAGGAGAUGAUGGAGUGCACCAGCAAUAAGGAGAAUGCUGAGAAACCGCAGCAGGUCCUCCUGAGGUCAGUCAGACUAAAAAACAACCAGGAGAAGAGAAACGCUGCGCUUGGCAUCACUGGUCACGGAGAGGGGGCCGGACAUCAGGCCGCUGCCAACGCCGGUCCAAAGCUUCAAGAACCUAAAUUUCGUACAGUGGAAUACAAUCUUCCAGCAGUUCCUAAGCGCUCAUCUGCUUAUUACAAAUACAUGGAGAAGACGGAGGAAGAGCUGGAUGAAGAAACGGAGUAUGACAUGGACGAGGAAGAUUACGCCUGGCUGGAUUUGGUGAAUGAAAAACGGAGAAGCGAAGGAGUCAGUCAGGUCUCUCACAACGUCUUUGAGUUCCUCAUCGACCGCUUCGAGAAAGAGUUGCACUUGGAGAGUCUGAAUCAAGGCAGCGAAAAGCAAGCUCCGAUUGAUGAGGACGCCGUCUGCAGCAUCUGCACGGACGGAGAGUGUCACAACAGCAACGCUAUCCUGUUCUGUGAUAUGUGCAACGUGGCCGUGCACCAGGAAUGUUACGGCGUGCCCUACAUUCCGGAGGGCCAGUGGCUUUGCAGACACUGCCUUGAGUCACCCACCCAUCCCGCAGACUGCAUCCUUUGUCCCAACAAGGGUGGAGCAGUGAAAAAGACAGACGAUGACCGCUGGGGUCACGUGGUGUGCGCCCUCUGGGUCCCCGAGGUCGGCUUCUCCAACACCACCUUCAUCGAACCCAUCGACGGCAUCAGCCACAUUCCUCCAGCACGCUGGAAGCUCACCUGCUACCUCUGCAAGGAGAAAGGUGUCGGGGCGUGCAUCCAGUGCCACAAAGCAAACUGUUACACCGCCUUCCACGUCAGCUGUGCCCAAAAGGCAGGCCUCUUUAUGAAGAUGGAGCCGAUCAAAGAGGUGACGGAGAGCGGAGAGCCCACAUUCUCUGUGAAAAAGACAGCUUACUGUGGAUCUCACACACCUAACGGGUGUGUAAGGAGGCCUAUGAGUAUCUAUGAUGAUGCCAAACCCAAAAAUGGACUAUGUAAGAAAGUGGACAAAGGGAGAGGUGUUGGUAAAGGACAUUCAAAAGGAAAGAAGAAGAGUAAGAGUAAGAAGCCUGAACCUGAACCUGAACCUGAACCUGAAAGUGAAGCUGCAACCCCUGUUACUGUGCCUAUGUUUCCUGCCCACAGGUUACAAAACAUUCUGAACCAGGUGUCCGUUCAGAAGAAGAAAGCAUUUGUGGAGCUGGUCCUAAAUUACUGGACACUGAAGAGGCAAGCCAGGAACGGCCUUCCCCUCAUCAGACGGCUCCAGACGAGCAUGCAGUCUCAGAAGAAUGCGCAACCGGUUUGUUCAUCUAGGCAGAAUGAGGAGGAGAGCAGGGCACUGAAGGACCAACUGAAGGAGUGGCAUCGGCUACGACACGACCUGGAGAGAGCCCGGCUGCUGCUGGAGCUCAUCCGCAAGAGGGAGAAGAUCAAGAGGGAAGAGAUAAAGCUGCAGGAGACCGUCCUUGAGAUGCAGCUGAGUCCCUUCAGUAUUUUGCUCCGAGCCCUCUUGGACCAGCUCCAGACAAAAGACCAGGCCAAGAUCUUCACCCAGCCGGUUGAUGUCUCUGAGGUGCCCGACUACCUCGACCACAUCAAGCACCCAAUGGACUUCACCACCAUGCGUCAGCGCAUCGAUGACCAGGCCUACAACAACUUUGACCAGUUCGAGAGCGACUUCAACCUCAUUAUUGAUAAUUGCAUGAAAUAUAACUCAAAGGACACCUAUUUUUACCGGGCCGCCGUUCGCCUCCGAGACCAGGGCGGGUCCCUGCUUAGAAAGGCCCGGAAAGACGUGGAGAAAAUUGGCUUUGAUACGGAGAGCGGCAUGCAUCUGACCGAAGCUCCCGAAAUCAAAGCACCAACGUCGUUUUCUUGGGAGGACGUUGACCGCCUACUAGUGCCAGCCAAUCGGGAGCAUCUGUCUCCGGACAAGCAGCUGAAGCAGCUGCUGGAGAAGUUUGACCUGACCUGUGCCAUGAAGUCCAGCCCCUCCCGCAGCAAGCGCCUGAAGCUGCUCAAAAAGACCAUCAACGACGUGCGCAAUGAAAUGAGCCUAAAGAGAACCCUGCCCUCCCACCACCACCACCACCAUCACCAUCACCACCACCACCAUCACAACCACCACAACCACCACUCUUCUUCAUCCACAACUCCCUCCACAUCAGCAUCAUCAUUAUCAUCAUCAUCAUCAUCAUCAUCAUCAGCAUCAUCAUCAGCAUCAGCUGCCUCCCACCCAGAGUCGAGUAAACCGAAAGAUGAGAAAAUGAAGCCCAAUGGACAUUAUCCAGACGAUGAGGGCGACAAGUCUCUUCCUCCUAAACUGGAGCCUUCAGACUCCAUCCCUCCGCUCAUCCACUCAGACGCAGACCCCGAGCCCCCCACCCUCAAACCAAUCGACGCCACCCCAGACUGCGAAGACAAACAUCACAACAAGCGGGUCAAGUUUGAUGCCGAAAUUCCCGACCUGCUCUCCUCCUCCUCCUCCUCCUCCUCCUCAUCCGCUGCGCCCCGCCUCAACGGCCACUCCCACGACAGCCUCCAGAACUCGUUGUUGGACGGAGACGUGAGCGUGGUGGCCACGUCAACGCUGGCGGAGCCGACGGGCACGGUUAACCGCCGGACGGCCGUGCUUUUCCGCAAAUCGAAGGCCGCCAGUCCGCACAAGCCCCCGAGGAACGGAGUGGAGGGGGAGGACGGAGUGGACAGGAAAGAGGGCAAGGAGGGGGAAGAUGAAGACGGCGCACAGCUGGGCUCCAAGUCCUUCCUGUCGGUGGUCAUACCGCGGCUGGAGACGCUGCUGCACAGCAAGAAGAGGAAGCACAGUGGCAGCAGAGAAUCAGAGGAAGGGGGAGACGGAGAGCAUGAAGAAGAGGGAGAGUCUCCUGUGAAACGACUCGACACUGGCUUGUCGAGUGGUUUUCUGGAGGUGGAUGAACAGAAAGAGUUAGACUCAAGUAGAGCCACUAGACCUGUGGAGCCACGAAGACGCUGUGCCUCUGAGUCCUCCAUCUCCUCAUGUAGCAGUCUGCCAGGAAGCACCAGCACUAUCCUCAGUCUUCCAAAAUGCGGGAAAGGGAAACCUGCCCUGGUCCGGAGAAACACUGUGGACGAUAAGAGCGAAUUAAUCGCCUGCAUCGAAACGGGGAACUUUGCAAAAGCUGCACGAAUCGCUGCUGAGGUUGGCAACAGCAAUAUUUGGAUGCCCGCUAGUGCUGCAACAGUUGCAUUGGAACCCCUAAAGCUAGUUUGGGCCAAAUGUAGUGGAUACCCUUCCUACCCUGCCUUGAUCAUCGACCCCCACAUGCCGCGCGUGGGCUGCCAGCACAACGGGGUGUCCAUCCCCAUGCCCCCCAUGGACGUGCUCCGCAUCGGAGAACAGAUGCAGUACAAAGCCGAAGAGAAACUCUACCUCGUCCUCUUCUUCGACAACAAGCGCAGCUGGCAGUGGCUUCCUAGAUCCAAGAUGGUUCCUCUGGGAAUGGACAAGACCAUCGACAAGAUCAAAAUGAUGGAGGGACGCACGUCGAGCAUCCGUAAGGCGGUCCAGAUCGCCUUCAGCCGCGCCAUGAACCACCUGAGCAUCGUGCAGGACGAGCCAGUCAGCGACCUCAGUGACGUGGACUGAUGGCACCCGCCCCCCCUUCACACACACACACACACACACACACACACACACACACAUCCUUGUACUUCUAUCUUUGUGAGGUCCCUCAUUGGAAUUCUUUAGCCCCUUACCCUAACCCUAAACCUAGCCUUCACCAUCACCACUAAAUGCCCAUCCCUAACCCUAACAUAAACCUAAUUGGAACCUUAACCCUAAAACAAAGCCUGUACUCACAAAAAAGCCUCAAACUCUC